AUGUCUGAUGUUUUGAUUACUGAUGGUUACAGAGAAAUUACGUCAUUAGAGACUGUUUCUGGUAGGACUAGACAGCAUAGUCAGUUCCAGAUGGUAGGAGGUGUAAGAAAGUGGAAUACACCGUGUCAUUACGAAUUUUACGACCUGCCAAAAGGUUUGAGUUCAGGGAAGUUUUUCUCGCCACGGUACCCCCAGAACUACCCAGCCAGGACCCACUGCCACUACCACUUCUUUGCUACCCACCCAAGAGUGGUCAAGGUGCUCCUGCAAAAUAUCCAACUAGAAGCAGCUAACGGCAGGCAUAAUGAGAAUAUGAACAAUUUGAAAGUUCUGCCAUUAUUAAGAUGGAAGUCACGCGAUGGUUGCCAUUACGAAAUUGGUUCAAUUUUGCAGUACAUCAAACUGAACUGCAUGUUCCGUGGAGGAGAUAUCCAGGUGCACAUGUUGGCCGACAGUGAUCAGGCCAUGCAACACAUAGACUGGUGCGAGAUUUUGAAACUUCCGCUUCAGCUAUCGUAA